AGUGUCGGUGUUGCCCUCCAGCAAUUUAGAGGUGUGUGCUUAACGCCUGCGUGUGUUUUCGUUGGAGACGUCAACGUGUUGCAAUUUCACCGAAUGGAAUUCUGGAGAUUUCAGCAUGCAACAAGUUGAGUUGGAAAUUGAGGAGAACCUGCAGCGCCACCGGACGGCCGGCUUCAGCCACUCCAAAGCUCUAGUGGUGCGAAGAGGGGCGCCGUUCAGAGUCAGCCUGCCGAUGAAGGACAGCCCUUUUGACCCCAGCGCUGACACGCUGAGGGUGAAAGUUAUGCUCGGCCGCCUGUACGUGACCAUGCCCGUCACUUUGCCUGAAAACUCUCCUUCAUCCCGUUGGGCGGCCUUUAUGGACCCUAAAGGCCUUGAUGUGACCAACCCAUCAAUGUACAUAUGUGCCCCGUCUUCAGCCUCGGUGGGCUGCUACAGUUUUAAGGUGUUGGCAUUCGCUCAAGACAAGCUGCAGUUUCGUGCUUCGGGCAAAUUCAUCCUACUCUGCAACCCCUGGUGUCAUGCUGACAGUGUCUACAUUCCCUUCGAGGACCAAAGGGAGGAAUACAUCCAGAAUGACUCAAGUUUGCUCUUCAUGGGGACGGCUACCAACGUUGUGUCCAGACCAUGGUCCAUGGACCAGUUUGAGCCAGGCAUCCUGGAGGCGUGUCUCAACUUGCUCAAUGUCAGCCCUCAACACCAACGCAAUAAGAGGAUGGACUACCUGUACCGUAACAACCCAGUCUACAUCAGCCGUGUAGUUUCAGCCAUGAUCAACUGCGAAGAUGACCGCGGCGUGCUAAAAGGCAACUGGUCAGGCGAUUUCAGCGGCGGGGUCCACGCAUCCACGUGGACCGGCAGCGGAGACAUCCUGAGAACCUGGGCUCAGUCCGGGUACCGGCCGGUCAAGUAUGGCCAGUGCUGGGUGUUUGCUGCUGUCAUGUGUACAGUCAUGCGCGUCCUUGGCAUUCCUUGCCGCGUCGUCACAAACUUCAACUCGGCUCACGACACCAACGGCAACCUGGUCAUUGAGGAGUUCUACAGCGAGAUGGGAAAGAAGCUGAAGAGCACGAAAGACUCAAUCUGGAACUUCCACGUUUGGGUCGAGUGUUGGAUGACUCGGCGGGAUUUGGGCAGCGACGCGGAUGGCUGGCAGGCUCUGGAUCCCACCCCGCAGCACAGGAGCAGAGGUGUGUUCUGCUGCGGCCCGGCUCCCGUCAAGGCCAUCAAGGAGCGCCGUAUCGACCUCUUCUACGACAUCCCCUUUGUCUACGCCGAGGUGAACGCUGACGUCCACACAUGCGUGGUGAGCCAGGGCCGCGUGGUGAGCCGCAGCGUGGACACGGAGAGAGUGGGGCCGCUCAUCUGCACCAAAUCUGUGGGUUUCCCCAGGCUGCACAACAUCACUGGGGAUUAUAAAAAUAUCAAAAGCCGCUUUUCAACACUCUCAUCAAACAGUUCCUCCCGCUCAGAGAGCUCCACGCUAAGGCGAGGCACAACCAAGCUGGCUGCCAUUCUGACGCUGGAUAAAACCCCCGUGGCUGGUGCGGUUAUCCACAUCACCUUGAAGGUCAUCAACAGGCAGCGCGUGGCCAAGGUGAUGAAGGUCCAUGUCAACGCGCAGAUCAAAGAAUACAACAACAGCCCUGCGGAGACUUUCUGGGAAAACCACAGUACGAUACAACUGGGCCCUCUGGAAGUGAAGGUCCUGAAGCAGCAGAUCCAUCCGGGCCAGUACGAAGACGUGGUCGGGGACGACCUGGUCAACCUGGCAGCGGUGCUGGAGGACAUGGCCACACAUGAGCGUGUGCUGGCCUUCGAGGAGUUCAAUGUGGCCACUCCAGAGCUUGUUAUUCAGAUUGAAGGAGAAGACAAAUUGGCCCUGAAGCGGGAGCACAGCGCCAGCGUGACCUUUACUAACCCUUUCUCGCAUCCCGUAAGCGGCGUGCUAAGUGUGUCCGGCGCCGGCCUCCUCCAAGGCCACGCCAACUUCAAGAUGUUCCCGCUGCGUCCAGGAGGAAGCGGAAAGCAACGCAUCACCUUUGUCCCCAGGAUGACGGGAACUAAGAUGCUUCAGGCUUCGCUGACCCUCUCAAACAAGUCCACUGUCAGAGGAUUCAAGAUGGUCUCCAUCCAGCCUCAAUAGACCAAUAUGUUGUUUAAUUAACAGUUAAAUGUGAAUGCCGUCUUGUACUCUUGUGAUUUAGUUUUUUUGUGUUUUUUUUAAAUGACCAAGCUGUGACAUAAAAUUAUUUUUAUUCAUAUUAAAUGUUGUGUUACAUGCGUACUACUUCACUGUCUAUGGAAGCGCGAUGACCGCUACUGAAAAUGAUAACGAAACAAAUCAUUUAAUCUUGACCUGUUAACAAAUGUCCUUUAAAAUAAUGAUAAAUUAGUCAUGGAAAAAAUGUA